AUGACUAGCAGCAGCUCCAACGGCCGAGACGUGGGAGACAGCAGCACCCACCGCUUCCAUGGCCCUGGGACGUUCGACUCCGACAAGGAAGAGUGGAAGCUCUAUCAGAUAAGAUUUCAAGCUUGCUUGGACGUCGCGAAGAUAACCGCCGACGUCGACAAGAAAAAUUUAUUGAUAGCUUCACUUGGAUCGACGACGUUUCAGCUGCUGUACACCCUGGUUCAGCCCCAGAAUUUCUCCGAGCUGACGUAUCAAGGCCUCGUUACACGGCUCCAGGAUCACUUCGCUCCGAGGAAAUUCAAGGAGUUCGAGCGAGCCAAGCUAUUUUCGGCGCGUCAAGAGGAAUCGGAGAACGUAAAGGAAUUCCUCGCAAGAUUACGGUCCAUUAUUGCAACUUGCGAAUAUGAGACGGAGACAAACGCCAGGAACUGUUCACUCUUGACGGCAUUCAUUGUUGGCCUUCACGAUUCCCGCAUCCGGGCACGUUUGGUAAUGGAGAAGGACCUAACGCUAGACACUGCACUGCGGCUGGCCGAGUCUUAUCUCAGGGCUGAAACGGAGUCCCUCCAAUUGAAUCGUCCUGACCAAAAUGCGCUGCACGUCGACAAAGUAAAGCAUCCUGCUUCUACCCCAGCCAAGUGUUUCCGGUGUGGCAACAGCAACCACGUAGAGUCUACUUGUCGCUAUCAGAAUGAAUCCUGCAACAGCUGCGGCAAGAAAGGCCAUAUUGCAAAGAUGUGCCACUCCAGCGACCGCAACAAACAACGAGGAAACCGGGAACGGGACGUCAAAACCGUCACGAACGUUUUCGCUACUCGCGAUAGAGACGGCGAAUUUGUCACCUGUCUCGUCCAAGGAAUCCCCGUUGAUCUGCAAGUGGACACCGGUUCCAAGCUGACACUACUGAACAUUGACACCUGGGAGAAGCUCGGAUGCCCGCCACUCAAGAAAAGUGAGUGCAACCUGUGUUGUUUCAAUAACCAGGCAAUUCCUCUCAAGGGACAGUGCGUUCUCAACGUCACACUAGGCCAACAGACCUCUGCGUUGGAAGCCGUGGUGACAGAGAAGAGACACACCGACUUGCUUGGAAGAACGUGGAUUGAUGCUCUCAAGAUCGACCUGAACCGAUUGAUCAAACAGCAUCUAUCAGCAACCGAAGCUCUUGCCCACUUCGACCCUGACAAGACGAUCUACCUUGCGGCAGAUGCUUCAUCAGAGGGAGUUGGAGCAGUGAUAUACCAUAAAAUCAAUGGAAGAGAAUGUCCCAUCGCUCACGCCUCAAAGACGCUUACGAAGACGGAGCGGAAGUAUGCCCAAAUAGGCCAGUAG